AAAGUGCUUAGGGAGGAUGUCAGGUGGGCCCAUGAGCUCCGCAUGCAGUCGGGGGACAGUAGGGAGACGAGCACAAUCUAAUGCUGUAGAUCUAGGAAAUCAGGAGGGCAAGAAGGGAAGAGGGCCCAACAAAGCUAAGAAAGGUCCAAAAACACCUGAUGAGAGACCACUUAUACAAUUUUCACCCAAUAGACAAUUCUUGGAUGUAGAAGUGCCAAGAUUGAUUACAACCUUGUGGAAGAGGUUCUAUGAUGGUGAUUACUUCACCUAUGAGCUGUUUCCAGAAGAAAAACGGGUGCAAGUGUGGGAGCAAUUUAAGGCACAUUAUAAAUGGCUUGUGCAAGAAGAGGAUGCAGUGAGGAAGGCUUUCUUAAGCUUAAUGAAGAAAAGAUGGAGUAACAACAUGAAGGAUGAGCGGGACAAAUGGAGGAAAGACAGUGACUACAAACCGAUAUGGGUGCCAGAUCACCUAUGGCCAAACCUAUGCACUUACUGGGAUUCUCCUGAGUUUGCUAGUCUCAGUGGUAGGGGGAAAAAAAAUCGUGGAUCUGGUGACAGGGUGACGCACACAAUAGGAUCUGUGAGUUUUGAUGUGCACGAAGAAAGGAUGACCAAAGCUGUUGGGGGGGUGAGACCUGGACAUCAAGACCUAUACAGGGAAACACAUACAAUGCGGAAAGGUGUCCCCCAAGGUGAGGAAGCUCCUUGGUGUGGCGAAAAACAUAGAGCUCGUCAUGACCGAGAGACAAUGGAAAGGAUGAGGACGAAAAUAGACCAUGUGAAGGAGGAAAGAGAAGUAAUGAAACGCAUAAUGGAAGAGAUGGGCAGGAUGCAAUCAUGUUUGUCACAACAAUUUGCUACUUUUAAUGCAUAUGGGAUGCGCCCCCCUAUGGUUGGCCCAUCAUUUCCUCAAGCUGGACAAGCAUUUCCUCCUAUUGGGACAUCAUGUCCUCCUGUUGGGCCAUCAUUUCAGCAUGAUAUGUCAAUGCAGCUCCCAAUGGAGCAUGGAAUCCCCAUUGGCAAUGUAGCGAGAUAGUCAGAAGCAGCUGAUACAUCAACUGAUACAUCCCCAAUCAAUCCUCCACAUGAUGAUUAUGUUUACCACCUGAGAUUUGAUGCAUAUUACCUGUGUCCAUUUGGGCCAGAAUGAUGGUUGUGAAAGAGGUUGUGAACUUAGAACUUGUUGUGUUGUUGAUUUUUCAUGGAACUACUUUCGGUUUAUUGAUGGAUGAUUUUAAUUUGUUUGGACAUUGGUCUGUAUGUCACUUUGGAGUGAAUGUUUUACAGUAAUAUUAACUAAAUUGCUCUAAGUUAU